CGCAAGAAAAGCACUUCGAGUUCUUGAUUCAUCGCCAGAUAUGGCUUAGAACCAGAAGCAAGAUGAGGAAGCGGAGCUCUAGUAUAAGCGCUAUCUUCCGCCGCCCGACUAAAAUACAAGAGUCACGACCUACUUUGAUUCAAAAAGGCGAAGGCUUUGACAAGAAACAAACAGCUUCCAAACUCAUCACGGCUCCCUGGCGUCGGACAGAACCGGUCGCAUGACCAAAACCGGAGACUUAGCUUCCCUUUAUGCCAUAGCUGCACAAUAGGAGAGAAACCAAGGAGUUGUCGCUCAGUAGUUAACCUUGUCGUUACGUCCGCUUUGAGUGAAAGGGUGGCAUCCUGAGCAAGGAAGGGUCCUCUUGGAAAUGCGAUGCUCUAACCUCUGAGCUAAGCGGGCUCACAUAAGAGCAAUUGUAUAUGCGGAGAAAUAGUAAUUUCCUAAAUUCCGAGAAUCUUCGCUAUUAACUUUUCAUCCUUUUGUUAUUCAUAAUUAAUAUGAAUAUAGAAAAAAAAAUUCAACCGUUCGAAAAUAAGGAUUGGAUGUUGUUAAGCUAUCUCAUCUGUCAAUUAUUUUCUUAAAAACCUAUGAUAAAAGAAAAUUUUCUCAUUGUUCUUGAUAUUCGUUCUUUUCCAUCACUUUGGCAUGGAUAAAAAAAAUAUUGUGACAUUUCCUUUCUUACAGCAUUUUCUAAUUCAUUUUUUUUUAUAUACCGAAAUGGGCUAUUCCAGCGAUUAGAGUCGAAAAGAAUAGUUACGGGGGGUUCUUCAAACCAGAAUAAAUUUUUUUUUUAUCUACCAAUAUUUCGAAUUUCGAUUCUUCUUGAUUCCCCUCUAGAAAGUGAUAAUGGAACUCAUCCUUAGUUUUUUUCUUUAUAUUCAUUUGAAUCUCUUCUAUUUCAGCAGUUUCGUCGGGGUCCUCUCUUUCUUCGGAAAAAAGGGAGAGUCCCCCUCCUCUUCCUCUUUAGUUUCCCUCGUUUUGUACUUUGGUUCUAUUUUGAUGUCUUCUUCUUCCUCCCUUUGUUCCAUUUCUGGAGUGAGUGGCUUGAUAGCUCUCCAUGCUCCUUUCUUUGGGAACUUGCUUCUACAUUGCUUGCCAAUCAUGCAGGUUCCACAUACUUCCAGCUCCCCAGUGAGUUUUGGAAUCCCUGAACCAACUUUCCUCGUUGCAAUUGAAGUAGUCCAGGUUUGCUCAAAUGACCAAACCUUCUGUGCCAUAGGUUUAGUAUGUCAUUGUAUGGGGUAUCAGUGUGCAGACAAUGACUACUUUCUUCUGUGAGAUUCCUAGCUUGCAAAACAAACAUUCGAUUAGACUUCAUGGAUGUUUGAAGCAGCAAACCAUGCCUCUCAUGAUAGAUUCUGCAGCCAUUUUUUUUUAAUAUUCGCCAUGAUAUAUCUGAUCCACGCAUAAUAUCAUGAAAAAUGGAUACAAAUAUUUGACUGCUACUUAGUAUCGGUAAUAGGUCUGAAAAGGUAUCUAAAAAUAUCAAAUUUAGAUAUGUGUACCCUAUCGAGAGGUUGGCACAUUUCGUUGGGCGUGGAGAAGCAUUGGGAAGCCCAAUUUAUUUCUUCGGAGAACUUUCUUUUCCCGUUCCCUUGCUAACAAAGAACAAAAAAUGGGUAUUUCAAUUUCGGCUAUGUUUGAUUUUUUUAUUAUUUAUUAAUUUACUUACAAAAUAAAAACAAAAAAUAGAUAAGAAGAUAAGAGUCGAUGAAUCUGAAACAAGAUUCAAUUAAUUAUUAAUUUAAAUUAAUUAAAACAAAAAUACCAAGAUUUUUUAUGGAAGAUCUCCUGGAUCGAAUGACGAAGACAAAGGCGGCAAAAAUAGGCUAAUCCAUAGGUAAGCUGAUUGAAGUGGAGUUUAACGCCUCUGCACAUCUUAUUCACGAAGAAAAGGCAGCGAGCGGUUUUUCGCUCCCAUCGAAGAGAAGCAAAUGAAAUGCUUUCAUAAAAAUUCUCGUAGAAUCGAGAAUGAAGUUUUCAUUCUGUACAUGCCAGAUCAUGAAUUAGUAACUGCAUCCAACCCAAUUUGUAUUUGAAUUCCUUUUGUAUCUGUCUGUUCUGUUAAUUCAAUAGCUUUUUCAUUGCUUUGCGAAAUGAAACUCUAUGAUGAUACACGAGGAAUCUUUUUAUGGCGGUUCUUCCUUCUAAUGACCGGCAUAUCUAUGAUUCUUUUCUUCCAGAUGAAGCAGCAGGCAUCGGUCCGUAGAACCUAAGGCACACUCACUUUAUUGGCCUAGCGAUGGACCCACCUUAACUAAUAGAUGCUAGUUGAGGGCGUUGAUUGAUCACGAACGGGAGCCCUGUCUUCGCAAGCAUGAAGAGAUAUAUACCUUUAUUUAUUGUUAUUAAAGAGUUUUUCAAAACAAAAAAAAAUCUUUAUCCCCCAACUCCGAGGGAGAGGAGGGGAAUAUGUUCGACCGUAGGAAGAAGGUGCGAAGUUGCUCGCAUUUGAAUUAGAACAAGAAGGAGCGAGUGGACAGAGCGAGCUUUGGAUUUUAGUCGAGAGAACAAUUGAGGAUGGCGAACCAACUUUUUUUAUAUACGGGAAUAUAUUUUUUAGUUCUUUUUAUGAUCUUUCGUACGAACUACCCCAUCCUGUACUGGAUCUUCGUUCAAUCCUCUUCUUUUCUUAUUAGGUAUCUGGGCGGCGAUGUUGAUCUUCCUCUAUUCGUAGGGGAGGGAAACACAGCGUUCAUUUCUGAAAUGGACAACUUACCUAUAUCCAUUGGAGGCGACGGAAACGAUGCGGGCUCUUCGAGCCAACCGCUUCCCGAUCUCAACUUACCUAUUGGAGGCGACGGAAACGAUGCGGGCUCUUCGAACGGAAACGAUGCGGGCUCUUCGAGCCAACCGCUUCCCGAUUUCCACUUACCUCCAGCAGCAGCACCUGAGCCGGAGCAAGAACCGAACCCUUACAUCGUCGCCGCCCAGCUACACCAAGAGGAGAUCAGAAGAAAAAACGUAAAGCGGCUUCGCGCUUUUCAGGGCCUGGUAAAUCAUUGGGAAAGGGAGCGGGAACGAGCCAUUCGUCUCGAAAUGGAAAGGUAUGCGAUCGAAUAAAUAGCUCUACGAACGAACGGGUCGGAUCGAAUUGGAAAAUGGAAAGAUUUGUACAAGUUAGACCUUUCGUCACCACUUUGUGGAAAAUCAUUAGGUAUGAAUAUGUUAAGUACCUGUGACUCGAUUGGUGAAAUAGUAUCUCUCUCCGAAAUGACAUGUUUUUUUUACCGCCGCACAAAGAAAUUUUUUUGUUGCGAAUGAACAAGAUAUUGAGGAAUUGUCCAUAUGUAAAAUCAUAAUUCUUAUUAUUUGAAAUUUCUUAUUAUUUAACAUUUAAUUAAUAUUUUUUUGUUGUAUUAGUAUAUUGGUAUUGAAUAAUUCUAUUGAAUAAUAGAAAAAUUAUCUUUCCCUUUUUUUCUGACAUAAAAAAGGAAAGAUAAAAAAUAUUCAAAUUUUCUUUUUGCUUUGACCUACGAAGGAGUGCGGUUCGUUCGAAAAAUUCCUACCUCUCUAUCUAUCUCUGAGAUGCUUGGAUUUUUCAAAACUCCAUAGACAUGCAGAAGAGAAAGACUAUCCCCACUCGGACCAAGACAUAGCUUUUACUUGCUCAAAUAACAAUUAAGGUGAAGCAGGGUCAGGAACAACGAAGGUCUCUUUAUGAUAAACAGAUUCAUUUUGCAAGCUUCUACUAUUACUAACUAUCAAGAGUUUUCCUUUUAGUCUUCUAGGAAAUAGGUGAGACAACUCAAUGGAUUGGUGGUUGAGUCCAUUAACUUAACCCAACCGGUAGUUAAACCCAAGAGCGAGGCCUUGCAGCAUUUGGAAGAGGAAGGGAGCUCAAGAUAACCUUUUUAGCUUCUAGAAUCUAUUUCUUAGUUCAAGAUCCCUUUUAACUAACUGGAAUCAAAAAAUUAGUAGAUCUGUUCCGCCCAAAAUGGGAAUGGGCUAGGGUUACCUGCUUAUGCGUUCAUAGCGCAAGACUUUACUACUCAAGCUGUGUUAUAUACUCAUCACCAAUAUAUUGCAGGAUUCAUCAUGACAGGAGCUUUUUGCUCACGGAGCUAUAUUUUUUAUUAGAGAUUACAAUCCGGAGCACAAUGAGGAUAAUGUAUUGGCAAGAAUGUUAGAACAUAAAGAAGCUAUCAUAUCCCAUUUAAGUUGGGCCAGCCUCUUUCUGGGAUUCCAUACUUUGGGACUUUAUGUUCAUAAUGAUGUCAUGCUUGCUUUCGGGACUCCGGAAAAACAAAUCUUGAUUGAACUCAUAUUUUCCCAAUGGAUUCAAUCUGCUCAUGGUAAAACUUCAUAUGGCUUCGAUGUAGUAUGAGAUAUGAGGGUAUUCCCGAUUUUAUCUUAUUUAUCACGAGCCCUUUUCAACGUCACAAAAUUUUUUGUUUUCACGCCAUAAGGCUCUUAAUACUCUUUAUGUUAUGAAAGAGUACCAAAAAAAAAUCUACGCUUUUUCAGUAUUUUUUAUUUGAAAAAAAAGAAAAUUUGGGAUUGUUAAAUCACCAAUCAAAUAAAGCAGCGGGGCCACCAUAGUAUUUUGGUUUUUUCACUCCUACCAAGGGAAGGGUGGUUAUUGGACCAUUUACCGAUCUAGGCCCGAUAGACUCUAUAUUUUUCUUUGAUGAAAGGAAAGGUAAAAUUGAAUCUAUUAUGGAGCCGUAUGCAAUACGCAAACAAUGCCUGUACGGUAUUUGCAUUGAUAUCAUUUUUAAGAAUGAUUCUAUUAAUUUCAUGAUAUCAUCAUUUUGAACUAUAGGAUCAAGCUUAGGCAGAAGCCUCUGUUUAUUUAUUAUUCUAAGGGAGGAGAUCAUAUCUAAUAUAUAAAGCCUUGUGAUAGGCUCUUAGUUCGAACUAAUUUCUUCAUAAUAAGAAGCUGGACUAGUUUUAUAGCCCUAAAGAUUAAGUCUAAUGGGGGACUAAGCCAUGACUUUAAGAGAUUGGAAUAGACCUUAGGAAUAGCC